AUGAACGGUUCAACAAAAGAAAGUACAGUUAAAGAUACAAUUUUUACUUGGACUAACGAUAACAAGUAUAAGAUUGUUUUAGUUGGUGAUUCAGGUGUUGGAAAGACUAGUAUCUUUUGGAUGUAUAUAGAAGAGUUCUUCCCUGAUGAUGUCUCAGAGUUAAAGGUUACGAUGGUUGACUUCAAAAUUAAAAAUAUAGUAAUUGAUAAUGAACUAAUUAAGCUGUAUAUAUGGGAUACAGCAGGGUAAGAAAGAUAUCGUGCACUAGUUAGUAAUUAUUUUAAGGGAACACAUGGAAUUAUUCUUAUAUUUGAUAUAUGCAAUUAAAACUCUUUUGAGUCUAUAAAAAACUCUUGGAUAAAUCUUUGCAAAGAGAAAUCAAAUGACGCCCUUUUCAUCCUUGUUGGUAAUAAAUCAGACUUGAAAGAGAAGAGGUAGGUUUAAGAAGAUAAAAUUUAGGCGUUCGCAUAGCAAAAUAGUUUACCCUACUUUGAAGUAAGUGCUUUUGAUGGAUCUAAUAUAAUAGAAGCAUUCGAUAAGAUGGCAAAUGACAUUAAAAAUAAAUUUUUCCCUAAGGCUUCAAAGCCUAAAGAUACUGAUUUAACAAGCGGAUCUGUAUAAGAAGAGUCAGUAUAAAAGGAAGAAGCGAAAUAGCCUGCAAAAAAUCCAAAUCGUCAAAGUGUCACUUUAAAAAACCCAAGUAGCAAUAACCUCAAAAAAACUGCUGGUAAAGAAUCUAACUGCAAUUGUUGA